AUGUUACUUUUAGUAUCUGCACUAGAUAAUUAUAACAUACACGAUAGAUACAGAAGCACUGUAAUCAGAAGUGAUCGUAGACACACAAAUGAAUACAUGAAAACUUUUGAGAAACUUCGCUGUAAUCAACAAUUUUGGAUAAAGCAGUUUCAAGUACUAUAUGAAAUGGCUUCUAGAAUACCACUUUUCAAUCUUUUCAAUAAUAUUAGAAGAGAAAGAGAGCGUCCGAAAAUUCCUAUUAAAAAUUUCACUAAGAAGAAACGCCCUACCACGACUAAAACGCCAACAACGAAAGUUCUUGAAAAUACAUCAAGACUCACGCCUUCUACAGAAAUCAAAGUUGGUAUUCCAACUACAACAGGAAUACCUAAGAUCGCUACAACGAAAAAGCAGAAAUACACAAUAAAAAUAUCUACUUCAACAGUAACAGAAUUGACCAAGUCAAGCACAAAAGAGUCGUCGACUUCAACUACAACAGAAACGUCCAUCUCGACUACAACAGAAAGGUCAAAGUUGACAACAGAAACACCGAUAUCUACAAUAACAGAAGCAUAUACUACGACUACAGUAUAUUCUCCCUCAUCGACUGCAGUAGAUUCUCCCUCAUCGACUGCAGUAGAUUUUCCCUCAUCGACUGCAGUAGAUUCUCCCUCAUCGACUGCAGUAGAUUCUCCCUCAUCGACUACAACAGAGAUGGCAAAAUUGACAACAGAAACACCGACAACAAAAACACCGAUAUCUACAGUAACAGAAGAAUCUACUACGACUACGGUAGAUUCUCCCUCAUCGACUACAACAGAGAUGGCGAAAUUGACAACAGAAACACCGACAACAGAGACACCGAUAUCUACAGUAACAGAAGCAUCUACUACGACUACGGUAGAUUCUCCCUCAUCGACUACAACAGAGAUGGCGAAAUUGACAACAGAAACACCGACAACAGAGACACCGAUAUCUACAGUAACAGAAGCAUCUACUACGACUACGGUAGAUUCUCCCUCAUCGACUACAACAGAGAUGGCGAAAUUGACAACAGAAACACCGACAACAGAGACACCGAUAUCUACAGUAACAGAAGCAUCUACUACGACUACGGUAGAUUCUCCCUCAUCGACUACAACAGAGAUGGCGAAAUUGACAACAGAAACACCGACAACAGAGACACCGAUAUCUACAGUAACAGAAGCAUCUACUACGACUACGGUAGAUUCUCCCUCAUCGACUACAACAGAGAUGGCGAAAUUGACAACAGAAACACCGACAACAGAGACACCGAUAUCUACAGUAACAGAAGCAUCUACUACGACUACGGUAGAUUCUCCCUCAUCGACUACAACAGAGAUGGCGAAAUUGACAACAGAAACACCGACAACAGAGACACCGAUAUCUACAGUAACAGAAGCAUCUACUACGACUACGGUAGAUUCUCCCUCAUCGACUACAACAGAGAUGGCGAAAUUGACAACAGAAACACCGACAACAGAGACACCGAUAUCUACAGUAACAGAAGCAUCUACUACGACUACGGUAGAUUCUCCCUCAUCGACUACAACAGAGAUGGCGAAAUUGACAACAGAAACACCGACAACAGAAACACCGAUAUCUACAGUAACAGAAGCAUCUACUACGACUACGGUAGAUUCUCCCUCUUCGACUACAACAGAGAUGGCAAAAUUGACAACAGAAACACCGAUAUCUACAGUAACAGAAGCAUCUACUACGACUACAGUAGAUUCUCCCUUAUCGACUACCACAGAAACGUCUACGUCUACAGCAGAAAAAUCCACUUCUUACGGAACAGAAACAGCUACUUCGAGUACAAUAGAAAUGCUGUCAUCGACUAGAGAAACAUCUACGACUGCAACAAGAGAAGCUUUCACAACAGCAGAAACGUCAACGUCCACAAUAACAGAAGUAAUUAUUCUGGCCACAACAAAAAUGAACACUUUAACUACAACGGAUAUGUUGAGGUCUCAAAAACUAUACCGAGGUCAACAACAACAGGAACAUUUACUUCCAGUACAACAGAAACGCCCUAUUCGUGUACAUCAGAAACCUCCAAGUCGCAUACAACAGAAACCUCCAAGUAGCAUACAACAAAAACCUCCAAGUCGUGUACAACAGAAACCUCUCAGUCGCGUACAACGGAAACCUGCAAAUCGUGUACAACAGAAACCUGCAAGUCGCGUACAACAAAAACCUCCAAGUCGCGUACAACAAAAACCUCCAAGUCGCGUACAACAAAAACCUCCAAGUCGUGUACAACAGAAACCUCUUAGUCGCGUACAACGGAAACCUGCAAAUCGUGUACAGCAGAAACCUGCAAAGAUGUUACUUUUAGUAUCUGCACUAGAUAAUUAUAACAUACACGAUAGAUACAGAAGCACUGUAAUCAGAAGUGAUCGUAGACACACAAAUGAAUACAUGAAAACUUUUGAGAAACUUCGCUGUAAUCAACAAUUUUGGAUAAAGCAGUUUCAAGUACUAUAUGAAAUGGCUUCUAGAAUACCACUUUUCAAUCUUUUCAAUAAUAUUAGAAGAGAAAGAGAGCGUCCGAGAAUACCUAUUAAAAAUUUCACUAAGAAGAAACGCCCUACCACGACUAAAACGCCAACAACGAAAGUUCUUGAAACUACAUCAAGAUUCACGCCUUCUACAGAAAUCAAAGUUGGUAUUCCAACUACAACAGGAAUACCUAAGAUCGCUACAACGGAAAAGCAGAAAUACACAAUAAAAAUAUCUACUUCAACAGUAACAGAAUUGACCAAGUCAAGCACAAAAGAGUCGUCGACUUCAACUACAACAGAAACGUCCAUCUCGACUACAACAGAAAGGUCAAAGUUGACAACAGAAACACCGAUAUCUACAAUAACAGAAGCAGCUACUGCAACUACAGUAGAUCCUCUCUCACCGACUACAACAGAAAUGCAAACAUUGAAGACAGAAAGGCUUACAUCGACAACAACAGAACCAUCGACGUCUACAGCAGAAAAAUCCACUUCUUACGGAACAGAAACAGCUACUUCGAGUACAAUAGAAAUGCUGUCAUCGACUAGAGAAACAUCUACGACGGCAACAAGAGAAGCUUUCACCACAGCAGAAAUGUCAACGUCCACAACAACAGAAGUAAUCAUCCUGACCACAACAGAAAUGAACACUUUAACUACAAUGGAUAUGUUGAGGUCUCAAAAACUAUACCGAGGUCAACAACAACAGGAACAUUUACUUCCAGUACAACAGAAACGCCCUAUUCGCAUACAACAGAAACCUCCAAGUCGCGUACAACAAAAACCUCCAAGUCGCGUACAACAGAAACAUCCAAGUCGCGUACAACAGAAAACUCCAAGUCGCGUACAACAUCCAAGUCGCGUACAACAGAAACAUCCAAGUCGCGUACAACAGAAAACUCCAAGUCGCGUACAACAAAAACCUCCAAGUCGCGUACAACAGAAACCUCCAAGUCGCGUUCAACAGAAACCUCCAAGUCGCGUUCAACAGAAAUCUCCACGUCGUGUACAACAGAAACCUCGCUCAGACAGGCUGGCAGCAUGGAGUUUUCCGUUAUCUGCACUAGAUAAUUAUAACAUACACGAUAGAUACAGAAGCACUGUAAUCAGAAGUGAUCGUAGACACACAAAUGAAUACAUGAAAACUUUUGAGAAACUUCGCUGUAAUCAACAAUUUUGGAUAAAGCAGUUUCAAGUACUAUAUGAAAUGGCUUCUAGAAUACCACUUUUCAAUCUUUUCAAUAAUAUUAGAAGAGAAAGAGAGCGUCCGAAAAUUCCUAUUAAAAAUUUCACUAAGAAGAAACGCCCUACCACGACUAAAACGCCAACAACGAAAGUUCUUGAAAAUACAUCAAGACUCACGCCUUCUACAGAAAUCAAAGUUGGUAUUCCAACUACAACAGGAAUACCUAAGAUCGCUACAACGAAAAAGCAGAAAUACACAAUAAAAAUAUCUACUUCAACAGUAACAGAAUUGACCAAGUCAAGCACAAAAGAGUCGUCGACUUCAACUACAACAGAAACGUCCAUCUCGACUACAACAGAAAGGUCAAAGUUGACAACAGAAACACCGAUAUCUACAAUAACAGAAGCAUAUACUACGACUACAGUAUAUUCUCCCUCAUCGACUGCAGUAGAUUCUCCCUCAUCGACUGCAGUAGAUUUUCCCUCAUCGACUGCAGUAGAUUCUCCCUCAUCGACUGCAGUAGAUUCUCCCUCAUCGACUACAACAGAGAUGGCAAAAUUGACAACAGAAACACCGAUAUCUACAGUAACAGAAGCAUCUACUACGACUACAGUAGAUUCUCCCUUAUCGACUACCACAGAAACGUCUACGUCUACAGCAGAAAAAUCCACUUCUUACGGAACAGAAACAGCUACUUCGAGUACAAUAGAAAUGCUGUCAUCGACUAGAGAAACAUCUACGACUGCAACAAGAGAAGCUUUCACAACAGCAGAAACGUCAACGUCCACAAUAACAGAAGUAAUUAUUCUGGCCACAACAAAAAUGAACACUUUAACUACAACGGAUAUGUUGAGGUCUCGAAAACUAUACCGAGGUCAACAACAACAGGAACAUUUACUUCCAGUACAACAGAAACGCCCUAUUCGUGUACAUCAGAAACCUCCAAGUCGCAUACAACAGAAACCUCCAAGUAGCAUACAACAAAAACCUCCAAGUCGUGUACAACAGAAACCUCUCAGUCGCGUACAACGGAAACCUGCAAAUCGUGUACAACAGAAACCUGCAAGUCGCGUACAACAAAAACCUCCAAGUCGCGUACAACAAAAACCUCCAAGUCGCGUACAACAAAAACCUCCAAGUCGUGUACAACAGAAACCUCUUAGUCGCGUACAACGGAAACCUGCAAAUCGUGUACAGCAGAAACCUGCAAGUCGUGUACAACAGUAA